GGCUGUCCCCGCCGCCCGCUGCGUGCGCGGAGCCGCCGGACCCCGGACCGAGCGGCCAGAGCGGCGGAGCGCAGCCGAGCGGAGCCGCGGCCGCCCCGGGAGCAGAGAUUCUUUAUCUUUGUUCAGGAGCCUAAGGUUGUUUGCUGAUCAUAAGAAGAUGAUUCUGUGGCUCUUUCUGGUUCUGUCAUCCCCAGUUUCUUCUACAACUGCAGAUGCUGAUAUAUCUGUGGAAAUUUGCAAUGUUUGUUCCUGUGUGUCAGUUGAGAAUGUACUCUAUGUCAACUGUGAGAAGGUUGCAGUCUACAGACCAAAUCAGCUUAAACCACCGUGGUCUAAUUUUUAUCACCUCAACUUUCAAAACAACCUGCUAAUUAUUCUAUAUCCAAAUUCCUUUCUUAAUUUUACACAUGCAGUGUCCUUGCAACUGGGUAAUAAUAAGUUACAGAACAUUGAGGGAGGGGCCUUUAUGGGUCUUAGUGCAUUAAAACAGUUGCACUUGAACAACAACGAAUUAAAAAUUCUCCGGGCUGACACUUUCCUUGGCAUAGAGAACUUGGAGUAUCUCCAAGCUGACUACAAUUUAAUCAAGUUUAUUGAACGGGGAGCCUUCAAUAAGCUUCACAAGCUGAAAGUCCUGAUACUUAAUGACAAUCUGAUUUCAUUCCUUCCCGAUAAUAUUUUUCGAUUUGCUUCUCUAACCCAUCUGGAUAUACGGGGGAAUCGAAUACAGAAGCUUCCGUACAUUGGAGUUCUGGAACACAUCGGGCGAAUUGUUGAGUUGCAGCUGGAAGACAACCCCUGGAAUUGUACUUGUGAUUUGUUGCCUUUGAAAGCGUGGCUGGAGAACAUGCCCUAUAACAUCUACAUUGGAGAGGCUAUCUGUGAAACACCUAGUGACUUGUAUGGAAGGCUGCUGAAAGAAACCAAUAAGCAGGAGCUGUGCUCCAUGGGGACAGGGAGUGAUUUUGACGUGCGCAUCCUGCCUCCCUCGCAGCUGGAGCCCGGUUACAGCACACCCAAUGGCCACACCACUCAAACUUCAGUGCACAGAUUAGUCACAAAGCCGCCAAAGACUACAAAUCCUUCAAAGAUCUCGGGGAUAGUAGCAGGCAAAGCACUGUCCAAUCGCAAUCUCAGUCAGAUCGUAUCUUACCAGACCAGGGUGCCUCCUUUAACUCCUUGUCCAGUCCCCUGUGUUUGCAAAACUCAUCCUUCAGACUUGGGAUUAAGUGUAAAUUGUCAAGAAAGAAAUAUAGAAUCAAUGGCUGAACUUGUACCAAAACCUUUAAAUGCCAAGAAACUGCAUAUAAAUGGCAAUUAUAUUAAGGAUGUGGAUACUACAGAUUUCGCUGAGUUUGAGGGGCUGGAUUUGCUACAUUUAGGCAGCAAUCGGAUUUCAGUGAUCAAAGGAGAUGUUUUCCGCAACCUUACAAAUUUACGGAGAUUGUAUCUCAAUGGCAAUCAGAUAGAGCGUCUGAGCCCAGAAAUGUUUGCUGGCCUCCACAAUUUGCAAUAUCUGUAUUUGGAAUACAAUGUUAUCAAAGAAAUCCUAGCAGGCACCUUUGACUUAAUGCCAAAUUUGCAGUUGCUCUACCUAAACAACAAUCUUCUGCGGAGCCUGCCAGCGUACAUUUUUGCUGGUGCACCACUUGCUAGACUGAAUCUGAGGAACAAUCACUUCAUGUAUUUACCUGUAAGUGGUGUUCUUGAUCAGCUAAAAUCUCUUACACAAAUAGAUUUGGAAGGUAAUCCAUGGGACUGCACUUGCGAUUUAGUCGCUUUAAAACUGUGGCUCGAAAAGCUAAAUGACGGUAUUGUGGUGAAGGAAUUGAAAUGUGAAACACCUGUGCAGUUUGCUAACAUAGAACUUAAGUCUCUGAAAAAUGAGAUUCUCUGUCCUAAACUUUUAAACAAGCCAUCUGCUCUAUUCACUAGUCCCAUGCCUGCUGUUAUUUUUACAACACCACCGGGACCAGUCCGAAGUCCUCCUGGUGGCCCAGUUCCAUUGUCCAUCCUAAUCCUAAGCAUAUUGGUUGUGCUGAUUUUAACAGUGUUUGUUGCUUUUUGUCUUCUUGUUUUUGUGCUUCGGCGCAACAAAAAACCAACCAUAAAGCAUGAAGGGAUUGGAAAUCAAGAGUGCAGUUCUAUGCAACUGCAGCUAAGAAAGCAUGAUCACAAGUCAAACAAAAAAGAUGGACUGGGUGCAGAGGCCUUCAUUCCUCAAACCAUUGAGCAGAUGAGCAAAAGUCAUACCUGUGGCUUGAAAGAGUCUGAAACAGGCUUCACAUUUGCUGAUCCACCAGGGCAAAAAGUCAUUCUGAGAAAUAUGAAUGACAAGGAGAAAGAUUUAUUGCAUGUGGAUACCAGAAAAAGACUUAGCACAAUCGAUGAACUGGAUGAGUUAUUCCCUGGAAGGGAUUCCAAUGUAUUUAUUCAAAAUUUUCUAGAAAGUAAAAAAGAAUACAACAGCAUAGGGGUCAGUGGCUUUGAAAUACGUUACCCAGAGAAACUGCAAGACAAAAAAAACAAGAAAUCUCUAAUAGGUGGUAAUCAUAGUAAAAUUGUAGUGGAACAAAGAAAAAGUGAAUAUUUUGAACUAAAAGCUAAACUUCAAGGUUCACCUGACUACCUACAAGUCCUUGAAGAACAAACAGCUUUGAAUAAAAUAUAG